AUGGCGGCAACUCUCUUUGGCGCGCCGAUUGCGGCUGUAGCGACACCAGUUUCGACCGUCUUCAACCCCCAGGGGCCGUUUCCACGAUACGUCCGGCGAAGUUCAACGGCUUUAAGACAUGCAGCUCAAAUGGCGACUACGGUAGCUGCCUCUCCAGCAGCAAAGCGGCCUUUUGCAAGGGCCUUGCUAGGCGCGCACCCCCCAAAAUUGCUGCGCGCGCACCCCCCGCCCAGAAUUGCUAGGCGCGCACCCUGCAGGGUUAGGGUCAGAGGUUCAACCAUCGCCAACCCGCAAUCAACACAGGAACCCACCAGAAUGUCGCAAAACCCUCGCGCGGUCGAGCCGCAGGUGCUCGAACAACCUGCACCAGCCCUGCCGCUCGCCACAGAGUUUUCGGCUGCAGGCGAGGAUUCUGACGAAUACGACGAUAUCGAUCUUCUUAUCCUCCAGCCAAUCGACCUCACAGAAUCGGAGACCCUACCUCACCACCUCGCCCAACGCAACACCACGCCCAUCUCCAUCAAUUCGAGCGAUUCAAGCGAUCGAGGAGGCUAUUCGGAACCUUCUUCACCAAUUGCAAGCGCUAUAAACCGCGCAGGCUUUGUUGAGCGGCCCCGUUUAGAACCAGGCGCGAUUUCCAGCCAGUCAGAGUGGGACGGUUGCAGCCAGGGCUCGGCUUCGGAGUGGGGUGGGUUCACCGACCACGACGGGGAUACGUCUGACGAUGAAGACAUUCCCAACCCCCCUAACGGUAUAUCAGCGCCUACUAUUGAGGGCCUACAGAACGCCGUGAACGCCUGGGCAAAGACAAGAGGGUUCGCAGUUACCCGGCAACAUGGGAAGAAGAACAAGCGAGGCGAAUAUGCUCGGUAUUACCUUGUUUGUGACCGCUUUGGUCAGCCUAGGUUCGGUGAAUCCGCUGGCCUACGUGAAACCGGCACCCGAAAGUGCGGCUGCACCUGGAAAGUCAGUUGCCAAGCUUACCCAAGACGGCUGGGUGGUUCCGGAAUUCUGACGAGCCUCAACACCAUAACCAUGGACCUUCUUCUCAUGCUUCCGCCCAUCCUCAACACCGGAAGAUCGCCGCUGAGGUUCUUGAUACCAUCGUCAACGCUUCAAAGCAUCACGGAAUCCGCUCCAAGGGAGAUCGGGGCGCUCAUCAGAGACGGCUUCCCCGAUUCCAGCUACAUCAGGAAAGACAUCUACAAUGCGAGGGCGAAGAUCCGGAAGGAAAAGCUUGGUGGUUAUACUCCUGCAGGUGCCCUGAUCAAGUCGUUUGAUGAGAACGGCAUCAAAUACCGUUACUCAGACGUCAUGCAGAUCGAUCUCACCUACAAUACCAACUGCUUUGGUUAUCCUCUGUACCAAGUGGCAGGGCUCACCGGCGCCAACACCAUCUACAACUCCAUCUUCGGCUUCAUCGACAAUGAGAGAAAGGAAUCGUUCGAUUGGCUUUGCCGGGGGACACAUGAGCUGCGAGCUGAGUUCAGCGUUGAGCCCCCCAUCGUCAUCUUGACCGAUCAUUGCAAAGAGCUUAAGGCCGCCCUCCUGGAGGUAUUCCCCGACUCGCAACAACAGAUCUGCAUCUAUCACGUCAUAAAGAACGUCCUCCUCAAUGCCAAGAAGAAGUUCAAGAGGGUUGAAAGCCCUGAUUUCCUUGACGAAGAGGCUUUUGAAGGUGAUGAGGAUGUUGGUGACGAUGGGGGUAGUGCUGAGGUAGCCGCUAGGCUGAAUGCCGAGGAGGCAACUGCCUUGGCACGGAUCCGCUCCUUAGAUGACCCUGGUGUUACCACUGAGUCUCGCGGCCCCUUUCCCCACGACCACAAUGGUGUUGAGGCUUUGUUUAAAGUCAUGAAGCAAUGGAUGCCUUUGCGGCACCAGUGGGCGCAGUGCUACACCCGAACGUACCGAAACUACGGCGCAAGAGUGACGUCACCAACCGAGUCAAGCAAUCUCAACAUCAAGAGCUACCUCCUCGACGGUAGAAGCGACUGCGUCCGCCUUGUUGAGGGUAUCAAGGAGAUGGCUGACGAACAGCUUGAGCAUCUCCAGCAAGUUCUUGGCCAACAGGGAAUGAGUGUGAGAAAGAAUUGGCUGUCACGGCGGUACCUUGGCUCUCUACCUAACAAGGUGACGUAUAAAGCCUUGGAGUUGAUCAACCGCGAGUAUCGCUUUGCCAGGGCAGCGUUUCCUGGAAAGAAACAAAAGGCACGCCCUUUGCCAGCCUGCAACGAAAACAACUGUACGGCUACGCAGCAAUACGGUAUACCUUGCCGUCACAGCAUUUACAACAUCCUGGCGCAGUCACUCGUCAAACCAGAUGCCAAGAUCCGACUCUGGGACGUACACCAUCACUGGCACCUCAAGAACAGGCUUGUGGAGUUGGUGAAGUCUCCAGAGGUUGAUAGAGGGUUCGAGAGGUUCAAGAUCAAAGCUGCAAAGCGCCCAUCCUUGCUCACGGCGCCGAAGGCAACGAAAAGGGGUAGGGUUUCUGAGGUGGCUCCUGAGGCUGCGCCUCCGCGAAAACAAGCCUCAAAGCGCAACGCAGUGCUUUCUACGACCUCACAGUCAAGCGAACAGGUUCAGGCGGGCUCUGCAGCGCAAACCCAAGCCGUUCAGGACCCGUCUCCCCCCAUGACGAGGACUCGGAGUGGCCGAGCGGUCAAACCAUCGGCUAAAUUACGUGGUGCGGCUCAGGAGUACCUCGGCUGCGUCUCCGAGGCGAUUGCUGCGUCGACUUGUGUUGGGGCCGUGGGCGUCCCCGACUGGGAUGCCUACGAGCCACAUCGAUCCAAGUCGACCUUCAUAUCAUCCCCUCCGGGCCCAUCUCUCAACCGCCCCGCCCCACCGCCACCGCCACCUACCGCGACGGCGGCGAGCUCCUUGCAGGCGACUGCCAGUCAACGUUCCUACACACUGCUGAAUGGCGGCGACAUGGUUCCUCUACGCCGGCCCUUAGUCGGGUGCAACAGCGACAGACCCCAAUGCUGCCCCUGGAACGUCACGAGCGACGCUGCCCUGGACAGCCCUGGCUCCGGCGGCGAGGAUAACCAGGCGGCCGCGAUACGGGCAGGCGAUUUCCCAGUCCCGGCCGGCAACAUCAAGGACAGUCUUUCACGGUGCCCGCAGGACUACUACUCCGUCUCAGGACAAUGCUGCCCCAAGUAUGUUCCCCCCCCUCCACCCAUACCACCACAAACUCCCUUCCCUCCCUCCCAACUAACCACCCACCCCAGCGGCUACUACAAAUUCACGCGCGAAAUCGCCUCCCGCACCCCCUGCAUCAGCUCCCUCCGCGGCCGGGCCACCCCGCCACCCCUCACCGUCAGCCUAGCCGCCAACCCAACCGACACGACCCUACCCACAUCAGCCGUCGUCAACCUCGCCUGGGCCAUGGGCUUCAACGUCGACGGCGAGCCGGCCCCCGCGCUGUCGCGGGGCGCCGUCGUCGGCAUCGGCAUCGGGUCGGGUGUCGCGGCGGUGACGGUGAUUUGCGGCGGUGGUGUGGUUUGUGCUAAGGUGGCGGCGGGGGAGGAGGGCGGCGGCGGGGGGGAAGGAUGA